ACACUGAUGGCGCGCAUCGGCGCCGUGCGACUUCUCCUGCAGGACAUGACUGGCUCGCCUCGCCACGAGUCCACAUCGCAGGUGCAGGCGAACGCCUUGGAGACCCUGGUUGCGAGGGAGCAAGCAGGUCUUUCUGACGACCAGAAGGCGAGCGCAGCGGCCCUCGUCUCCCAGGUGAACUGGCACGGCCACCGCGACCUGAGCGUCUUGCAGGCCCUGGCGCCCAGUGCACAUGGGCCGAUGGGCCCCGCGCGGCAGCGCGCGAAACGCCAGGACUUCUUGGCCCUGGUGAGCCACGUCACAGCGGCAGGAUGGGACCGCCUGUUCGAGGAAUGGGUCCCACCGAGCGCAUAUUCGCUGAAACUUGCUAACUCGGCCUUCGUGCUCAGCACCAUGCCCGAUCGGGUCGAGACCAUGUCCUACUACGACAAGAAGAAGUACUUCGACAACUUCAAGACGGCGCACCACCGCGUGGCGGAGAAGUCGCCGCGGCCCAGCGCCUAUAUGCUGGAGCUCCCGCAGGCGCCUCAGGACCUCCUGGCGUCGUUCCCGACGGUCUACCAUGCCGCGUUCUCGGCAAUGCCUGGGGGCGGCCGAGCCGCGCGCCCCCUGGACAUGUGGCUCCUUCGAGACUUGGAGGCACCCCAUCGGUGCCGCGGUGCCGCGCCCGCCUGCUCGGACCGCGCCAGCGGCGCGGCGUCGCAGGAGCUGGCCGCCAGGGCGCCUCCGAACCAGAUGGAGCAGCACAUGCAACAGCAGAUGCAGCAGAUGAUGCAGAUGGCUUUCGGCGCGGUGGCGGAAGGCAUGCGAGGGGGCCAGAGCGCGGCGCCGACAGGGGGCGGCGAUCUCUUGGACAACCUGACGGCGUUCGGCGCGAAUCGGCGGCCUGGUAGACACCCUGCUCUCGCCACGACGGGUGCGGCUCGCGCGGGCUCGAGCGAUGCCUUGGCGAGCCUUCCACAGGCCGCGGCGCCGACCGCGGGAUCGCAGCACGCUGGCCCGCCCAACGUGACAUCGUCAGCAGAGGGGUCGCUGCAGAUCGCGGCGUCGCCAGCGGCGCCCCCGACCCAGUCGCCGCCGAUCGUGGCGUCGGCAGCGGCGCCCCCGACCCAGUCGCAGCCGAUCGUGGCGUCGGCAGCGGCGAGCGCGCCGCCAGCCGCUGAGCCAGCCGCCGAGCUCGCGCGGCCCUUGAGGAUGGACAUCAAGACACAGGUCGAGGAGGCCAUGAACAUGGUGUUGCACAAGAAGAAUACGAAGCAGGCGAAGAAGCGCCCAGCGGCAUGCCGGGCGGCCGACGAGCGCGAGCAGGAGAACGAGGACGGUGAGCAGGAGGAGGUGGAGGACCAGCGUUCGUCGCCGAAGGCCACAGGGCGGCCAGAGGCGAAGACGGCGGCGAAGCCGAGAGCCAAGCCCAAGGACGCGGCGACGACGACGCCCAUGUCCAAGCCCAAGGUCCAGGCGCUCAUUUCCGACAUCGUUGCGCGCACGGGCUCGGACGGGAGCGUCAACAAGAACACGUUCGCAUCGAGGAUGUACUCCAGGGCCAAGAAGCGGGCAGCUGACGACGGCUACUCCCAUGAUGCAUCGGUCGAGGUGGCGAAGAAGGCCUACGGCGCGGCAGCCGCGAUGUGGGAUGCCAAGUGCAGCUGGUCGCGGGCGCGUUGA